ACACAUUAAAGUGGAAUUUGUUCGGGGAAGAAUUUGAAUUGCGGAAAGGAGACUGUGUCCAGGGCUCGUCUCCGUUAGCUCUAAAUGUUAGACUAGCACGAGAGGCUAAUUACUGGAGUCGAUAGCGUCGUAGCUACUGUGUGUUAGCUUGACUUUCACCAGGAAAAGAGGAAGCAGUUCCGCCCUGACGAGCCGCAGAGCGAGGCCAAGUUUUAACCAAAGAACGCAGCGAAGCGACGACACAACUGCCUUCGAAGAGUGAAACUUGACGGAAACGGCGCCGCCAACUUUUAUUUGUCUCUUUGCUGGAUACAAAUUCCAGGGAUUUUACACCCCACCCCCCCACCCCCGUUUUCAGGAGGUGGUGCAUUUAAAACCUCGUAAAAAUGAGUAUCAUUUUAGCAAGUGUAGUUUGAAGUUGCUGUGAUUCUGUCGUACUCGGAUUUUAUUUGAACUUUGAUCUUGCUUUUUGAACUUUGCUGUUUAGCGGUUGACACGAGUUUUUUUUGUUUGUUUGUUCCCCCCCCCACCCAAUUGUUGGUCGGGAGAAGUUAUUAAAAAAAAACGGCGAUGAGCGGAGACGAGGAAAGAUUCAAACUGGUGGUGGUGGGCGGUGGAGGAGUGGGCAAGAGCGCCCUUACCAUCCAGUUCAUUCAGUCCUACUUUGUGUCAGACUACGACCCGACCAUUGAAGACUCCUACACGAAGAUCUGCACUGUGGAUGGAAAGGAUACCCGUCUGGACAUCUUGGAUACAGCAGGUCAGGAGGAGUUUGGGGCAAUGAGGGAGCAGUACAUGCGCUCAGGAGAAGGCUUCUUGCUGGUGUUUGCACUCAACGACCGGGGGAGCUACCAUGAGGUCCAGAAGUUUCACACCCAGAUUCUUAGAGUGAAGGAUCGUGAUGAUUUCCCCAUGCUGCUGGUCGGAAACAAGGCAGAUCUGGAGCAGCAAAGAGUGAUCUCUAGGGAGGAUGCUCAGGCAUUUGCCAGAGAAAACAGGAUCCACUACAUGGAGGCUUCUGCUAAGAACCGCUACAAUGUGGAUGAAGCCUUCAUGGAGCUAGUGCGAAUUGUCAGAAGGUUUCAGGAGAUGGAGUGUCCUCCCCCUCCAGCUCAUCACGCUGGGAAACAGAAGAGCGGUGGCUGCCCCUGCGUCCUCCUCUAAGCACCGUUACUAUGGACACCAAAGCCUCUCCAGCUUGUCCAAAAAGAAGUGUGAGCAUUUGUGUGAGACAGUGGGUUAGAGCGAGGGAGAGACAGGAUUAAGGUGCCUCAUUUUACCACCGAAUGGUUUCAUUUGCACUUUUACCAAAAGCAACUUGUAAAUCAGUAUAGUGUAUUUUAGUCUAAAGGAAGACCUUUCAACAGCAGCAGAAGUAGUUCUGUUGGUGACAUGGGAUAAUAAUGAUGUGACUGUGUAUAGUUACAGUCCAUAAAUAGAAAUAUCCUCACAUUAUGGUGGGCUAUAAAUAUGUUGUUGCUGUUGUGGUAUUCGGGUACUAAUGUCAGCAGAGACAUUACCGUAAUCGGUACUCUAACUCCUGGCAUAAUGGUGAGUUAGUAUAAAGUAAAGUAAGUCAAUCCACAUACAGGUACAGUCAUGGAAAUGGUGAGUGUGGCACACCCAAUCACGAGACAUGUGCGGUCAUGUUCCAAGGCGUCCUGCAGGGGGUAGCAGAGCACAGCAACGCCAAAGCAUUGGAAUAGAAAAGUGAGCUAACGUCAAUGCCGCAUUAGAUUUCGUUCAUGUUUUUUUUUUUGUGCCAUUUUUUUCAUUUGGGGUGCCAAAAAUUGCAGCCAGUGUGACUUCCUCAAACACUGUAAACGGAGCCUCCGACCAUUUCAAAAUAAAUUCUUGACAGUAUUCGUAUAAAGGGUUGAUGCAGGGGUGCUCUCAACCACACAUUGCAGAACUACCAAACUCAUAUUCUGCAUUCAUGCAUUUCAAUAUCUGGGUGAUGGGCAACCAGCUUUUGGGUUGGUCAAAUUUUCAGGAUUUAGUGUUUUGUGAAGUGUGGUAAAAAUUUUAUUUUGGUCAUGCAGUUUAUACCUUAUUCAAACCUUUAUUCAAUUCCAUAAAUAUUUGUAAAUGGUUCACAUGAACAUCUUGACCAAACAAGUAGACCGCUCAUCAUAGUUUAUUUGUGCUUAUGCUUUAUAUUAUGAAUAAACAGAAGGUUUAGCAUCUAUCACGUGCUCUCCUUUCUAAAGGCACAAUGGAGGGACUUGGUAUUGUUAUCGCUCCUAUGCUGAGUGAAGCAACCAAGGAAAACGGAGGACUAGGCUACUGUAUGCAGCUGUACCACACUCGUGCUUUUUGUUAUGAAACGUAACCCCUUGUUAAUAUUUACCUCUCAGUCCUUGUCCACUUCACUGUGCCACUGACUGGUCUCUGCAUCUUCCUCUUGGGCAGUGUCUUUCCUAUUAUAAAUGCUGACGCACUAAAGCCAUUUUAUUUUUCAAACUGAAUUGUCCCCAGAACUUCAUUGAGUUGUUUACAAGGCAAAUGUGUUGUAUCUAAUUCGAUCAAUAACACGUAAAAAAAAUUAUAAUUUGAAUUCAGCAUUUUAUUCUGUGACAUUUUAUAGGGAUAAAUGUCUCCCAUGCUGAAACAGCCAUGCUUGGAGUCCUAUUUUCAAAAUGUUACUGAUUUAAAAUUUUAAGCAUUCAUAGUUAAGGCAGUCCUGAUAGACGGAACAAGUGGUGGUGGCCCACUGAAAUACAGUGAUGAUAACAGUAAAGACAAAAGUGCAUAAUGGUAAAGACAACCGCUUCAUAAAAAUCGUGUGAGUUGCACAAUUUAUAUUGCCAUUCAAACUCUGUGGAUACUAAUGCAGAAGUGAUCCUAACUACUCAUUAAACCCAUUAAAAUCUUGUUUAUAUACCAUUGUAAUAAUGGAAUAGUUCCAACACUUUCAUAAACUCAUACAUGUUCAUUUAUGUCUCGGAAAUAACACCUUUUAUUUUGCUGUCUGCUAUUGUGUGAAUGGAGAAUGGGUGUCUCAUCCUGGCACUUCAGCUCAAACAUCUCUCUGGUGUAUCGCAACAACAUAAUGGGACUCUCUCCAGUGGCAUUAACGCUAAAGACAGCAGAGUGACAAAGAAGGACUGUUUGUCAAAGAACCAAAAAAAAAAAAAAAAAGCAACCGUGAAGACACUAUGAUGCUUUUGUCAUAGUUUUCAUGGCAAAUUCACAUUAAGCAAUAGGAGAAAAAUCAUCUGUAUUCAAAAAUUAGCAUCAUUAGCAUCUUCAGAAAACAUGUUCCAAAUCAUGAAACUUCAUAUGAGACUCAUAAUAGUAAAGACAUUUUGGCAUUAAAAGUUUGGAAAAAUAGUAUUUUAGAAUAAUUUUCUUUCUUAGAAACAAUUACUGGAUGACCUGUUGAUGGAUAACAACUGCCAAUAAUUCCAAUACUCAUAUCAGUUAAUGGAUUUAAAAAAAAAAAAAAAAAAGGAAAUUCAGUGGGCCAUGUCUUGCUAUUCAUCAAAUUAUAUGAAAAUUACCAAUAUUAUUUUGACAGUGCCAUACAUUUUAGCUGAAUAACAAUCUGACCGUAACAGAUGUUUCAACCCGAGUAUUUGCGAAGUCUUUAUAUGAUCCAUACCAUUUGAACUCAAACUCGAAAGUACUUUUGAGUCAGAGCAAUUCAACCAACCACUUUUCCACACACUAUCAUACAUGGAAAUGCCAACUUUUAUUUGGUAGGAAUACACAUCCAGGUGCAAAGUAGGUGCACACAGGCCCUGCAGUUGUGAAAAUGUGUGCUUUGACCUUUUAUUUGUGUGAUUAUUAAAAUAUAGAAAAGGUCUUGAGGAUACAAUUAAAGCUAAGAACUUGAUGACAGCACAGACAUUGAGAGAUAUUACAAGAAUAAAUUGGGGUAUUUUACUUUAUCAAAUAAUCCUGUUUUACAUGUCAUUUCAUUUGUAAUGCUUUCUGCAGUGUAUAGCCAUGUCAUAUUUUUAAAAUGAAUUAUUUACACUUAUAUUACAAACUGCAAUUGAAGUGUUUUAUUUUGACAAGACAAAUCCCUUUUUUUUGUACCUCAUUAAAGCAUUCACCAAAC